CCAAACCAAUCUCUUCACUCUCUCUUAAUCAAAAGCUUUUAACCUCAGCCGUUAAAUCUUUUACGAUCAUGCCGACCAGAAACAUCGCCAUUGGUGGAGUCCAAGAAGAGGUCUAUCACCCCAACGCACUUAGGGCGGCGCUCGCUGAGUUUAUCUCGACUUUGAUCUUCGUCUUUGCCGGAUCAGGCUCCGGAAUUGCUUUCAACAAGCUCACUGACAAUGGAGCCACCACUCCUUCCGGCCUCGUCGCCGCUGCCUUAGCUCAUGCUUUCGGUCUCUUUGUCGCUGUUUCUGUUGGCGCUAACAUUUCCGGUGGUCACGUUAACCCUGCCGUUACCUUCGGUGUCUUACUCGGUGGUAACAUCACUCUCCUCCGUGGUAUUCUCUACUGGAUUGCUCAGCUUCUUGGCUCCGUCGCCGCUUGUUUCCUCCUUAGCUUUGCCACCGGUGGCGAGCCAAUUCCAGCGUUCGGUCUCUCUGCCGGAGUAGGAUCAUUGAACGCUCUCGUCUUCGAAAUCGUGAUGACCUUCGGGCUCGUCUACACCGUCUACGCCACAGCCGUUGACCCCAAGAAGGGUAGUCUCGGAACAAUCGCACCAAUCGCCAUCGGUUUCAUAGUUGGAGCUAACAUCCUCGCCGGUGGAGCUUUCAGCGGAGCCUCCAUGAACCCAGCCGUUGCUUUCGGACCAGCCGUCGUAAGCUGGACGUGGACUAACCACUGGGUUUACUGGGCUGGUCCUCUUGUUGGUGGUGGACUCGCCGGAAUUAUCUACGAUUUUGUCUUCAUCGAUGAAAAUGCCCACGAGCAAUUGCCAACCACCGAUUACUAGAAGACGUCAAAUUCAAUUGUUGUUAAUCUGAUGAAUUUUUCGUGAUUUGUUUUUUUUUUUUUUAUUUCGCAUCGUAAUGGGUUUCUGGCCGUUGGAUCUUUUUUAGAUGAAUCUUUGUCUGUUGAUUUGUGUCUUUCGGUUUGUUGUUGGAGUUGUAAUAUUCCUGGAAGGCUUUUGUGCAAUUGUAUUGUACGGUUUAAUAACUAUAAUUGAGAAUA